AUGUCACGUUAGUUGAAGAAGUCAAUGCUAAUGAAGAGCUUUUCAAACACUAAAGACAAUAGAGGUAACUGUGCUCUUGAGCAGACUGAGCUCUUGUAGAAACAAAAGGAAGAGGGCAAAAGAGCUAUGUGCAAGUUACUUACAGUCACUAUACUGUGCUUCAUAUUUAUGGGAGGAGAAGUAGCAGGUGGAUACCUCUCAGGUUCUAUAGCUAUUAUCACUGAUGCAGCUCAUAUGCUAUCAGAUGUUGCUGGAUUCUUGAUUAGUUACUUCGCUAUCUAUAUGGGAGCAAGACCGGCCAAUCAUUAAAUGUCAUUCGGAUACCAUAGAGCAGAAAUUUUAGGAGCAUUGGCCAGUGUACUACUUAUUUGGGGUCUGAUCAUUUGGCUGUUCAUUGAAGCUAUUCAUAGAGUUGUAUCACCAGAAGAAAUUGAUGGGGAAAUAAUGUUAAUUACUGCAGGUGUAGGCUUAAUUUUCAAUCUUAUUUCAAUCUUUACUCUUCACUCCUGCGGAGGCGAGCAUGGCCAUCACCACCAUCAUCACCAUGACCAUGGACAUAAACAUUCUCACAAUGAAGGUGACAACAGAUUAAGCCACUGCCACCAGCCUGUAUUAGAGCAACUUAACAAGGAAGCUCGUUUAAGUGGAAGAAAAUCCAAAGUGUUUGCAAAUAAAAAUAACUUGGAUGAAAAUACUGAUAUCAUUGAAGAGAAUUAGGUUGUCUUACAUUAUGAUGACGAGCCCAAAAAUUUAAAGAUAAAUAAUACUAUGUCAAUGAUAAGCCAUGAUUAAUCAGAAUAUAAGAAAACAGAAUUAAGUAAGAUUUCAUCUCCUUUAGGCCAUAAAAAAUCUCAUGAUCACAAACAUGAGCAUAAUCAUAAUCAUGAUCACAAGAAGGAAAAAUGCCAUAGUCAAGAUAACCAUGACCACGACCAUCUUAAUGAGCAUAAAAAUGAGCAUGACCAUUGCUUGAGUGAUGGAGAUUGUAAGUAAAAGCAUGACCAUGACCACGAUCAUAUUCAUAUUGAAGAGCAUAGUCAUGACCAUAAACAUGAACACAAGCACGAGCAUAAACAUGAACACAAGCAUGAACAUCAUGAUCACGGACAUAAGCAUGGACAUGACCACAAACACGAACAUGGACACGGGCAUACUCAUAAACAUGGCAACGAAAAUAAGCAUGAACAUAGCCACGAUCAUAAGCAUGAACAUGGACACGAUCAUAAGCAUGAACACGGUCAUGACCACAAACAUGAACACGGUCAUGAACAUAAGCAAAAGCAUAGUCAUGAUCACAAGCAUGAGCAUAGUCAUGAUCACAAGCAUGAACAAGGACAUGAUCAUAAACACGAGCAUGAUCACAAGGAAAAGAAAUAGGGCGGACACAGUCAUGGACAUCACCAUCAUGGUCACGGUCAUGGAGGCCAUGGCCAUAGUCAUGAAAAUAUGAAUAUCCGAGCAGCUAUUAUACAUAUCAUUGGAGAUAUCAUCCAAAGUAUUGGAGUAGUUAUUGCAGCAAUCAUUAUAUAUUUCAAACCAGAUUGGCACAUUGUAGAUCCAAUCUGUACAUUCCUCUUCACAUUCCUUUGCAUUUUCACAACUAUUCCCAUCUUUAGAGAAUGCCUUUCAAUUCUUAUGGAGGCCACUCCAAGAGAUGUUGAUGUUGUUCAAUGCUUCUAAGAUGUAUUGAGUCUUGAUGAAGUUGAAGAAAUUCAUGAUUUCCAUGUCUGGACACUAUCAGCAGGUAAACUCUCAAUGAGUGGACAUGUUAGAUCAAACCUACCUCACACAGCCCUUAAGAAGAUGACACAAAUUUUGAGAGAGAAGUAUGAGAUUUAUCAUACCACUAUCCAAAUCGAGCAAAGCAAUGGCCUUUUAGAGAUUGGAUGCUGUGAUAAUGACUAAGCUGAAGAUGAAGAGAAGAAUGGAGGACAUGAACAUCACGAUCAUGACCAUACUAAUGAUCUCACUUAAGAUCAUAGUCACAGUCACGGUCAUAGUCACGGGCAUGGCCAUCAUCAUCAUUGA